AUGGAGCAAACCUAUACACACAUUAGGAGGGAAGCUCUUUGUCAAGCAGUGAUGACCACAAGCGGGGGAGGGGACAUACUUAUGAGACCUGUUUCAAGCUUCAUGGGUAUCCCGAUUGGUGGCAUGAACUCCAAGCUUAGAAGCCCUGUGAUGGAAAUGGUGCUGUGCGUGGGCAGCCGCUGCUUAAUCUUCCAACUCUCUAUAUCCAACACCGUUCCACAACGUCUCCAUAAUUUUCUCACGGACUGUAACAUUACUUUUGUUAGGAUUUGCGAUGGCAAAGAUAGAAAGAAGUUGAGAAAUUCAAGGCAUCAGUUGACGAUUACAAGGCUACUUGAUUUGAGGAGGUUCUUGAGAUCUGAAGAUGAAGAGCAUAUUUAUUUCGGCUGCAAAAUGGAUAUUACUGCAAGUGAUUGGGGUAGGGAAGAUCUCAUUUUUUAUCAAAUUAGGCAGGCUUCUAUCAGUGCUUAUGUUUCGUUCAAAAUUGGCAAGGACUUGCGUGCUUGCCAAUGUGUGAGCAUUUGA